AUCUGGGGAGGGGCUUCCGUCAGAGGAGGAGGCUCGAGAAGCUGAAACCCAAGUGUUCUGGUGCCCCAGCUAGAUCCCUGGAAAUUGCCCCGGAGUCUCCCCCGUUUCAGCUAGUCAGCAGCAGUCCUGAGGACCCGCUCUCUAGUGACUUCUUCUGACUUGAGCCUACGGUGUGCUUUGAGAAAUCUGCCACCAGAUUAUCUUGGCUUGGUCUCCAGGAACCACCCACUAGUGACUGUCAAAAAAUGGCAUGAGAAAAAUCCAGUGGAAUCUACAAAACACUAGAACUAAUAGUUGCAGGGCCACGGAGCUGCUGGUGAUAAAAUCUGUCGUGAUCCUGUGGAAGGCUGUGCAAUCCGAGGCGCUGUCUGACUGCAUAUUCUGAAUUCUCGCUGCCAGGAUGGGGAAACAGAACAGCAAGCUUCGCCCAGAGGUCAUGCAGGAUUUGCUGGAAAGCACAGACUUUACAGAGCACGAGAUCCAGGAAUGGUAUAAAGGCUUCUUGAGAGACUGCCCCAGUGGACACUUGUCAAUGGAAGAGUUUAAGAAAAUUUACGGGAACUUUUUCCCUUAUGGGGAUGCUUCCAAAUUUGCAGAGCAUGUCUUCCGCACCUUUGAUGCCAAUGGAGAUGGGACGAUAGACUUUAGAGAAUUCAUCAUAGCCCUGAGUGUGACCUCGAGGGGGAAGCUGGAACAGAAGCUGAAAUGGGCCUUCAGCAUGUAUGACCUGGACGGAAAUGGCUACAUCAGCAAGGCAGAAAUGCUAGAGAUUGUGCAGGCGAUCUAUAAGAUGGUUUCCUCCGUAAUGAAAAUGCCUGAAGACGAGUCAACCCCAGAGAAAAGGACAGAAAAGAUCUUCCGCCAGAUGGACACCAACAGAGAUGGAAAACUGUCCCUGGAGGAAUUCAUCCGAGGGGCCAAGAGCGACCCGUCCAUAGUGCGCCUCCUGCAGUGUGACCCCAGCAGUGCCGGCCAGUUCUGAGCCCCGCACCCUACGGAUCGUAGAGCUGCUUGUGUUCCCUUUCAACAAGUUUGUCUUUUUUU